AUGGCAGUAACAUAUAAAUUAACAUUUAUGUUAUUAGAAAUUUUAUUUAUAACUAUUCUUAAGUGUUGUGCAGAUGAAAAUUGUGAGACACUGCCUUCGGAAAUUCAUGUUACGAAAGAGGAGUAUGACGAUAUGGGAAGUUUGGUUCGGUCAUGCAGUGGAGAAGUUGUGGUGAAUAAAUGUGAAGGGAUAUGCAAUAGUCAAGUUCAACCUUCUGUUAUUACACCCACAGGUUUUUUAAAGGAAUGUUUCUGCUGCAAGGAAAAUUAUUUACGCGAGCGCCUGGUGACAUUGACGCACUGCUAUGAUCCUGACGGCCUUCGUUUAGAAGACGAAGAGCGAGCCACAAUGGAAAUCAGACUUCGGGAACCAGCUGAAUGCAAGUGCUACAAAUGUGGAGAUUACAGUCGAUAG